AUGACGACUCAAGGUCAAUCUGUUCACCCCACGCCGCCGGCGUCUACAGGCAACAUGUCUCCCCGGCCCCUUGGCAUACGGCCGACCUUACCAGACAAACGAGUGAUGAGUGAAACAAUAGAGGAUGCCUACGUCAAGUUCAUCAUGUACUGCAAUCCAGCAGUCCCCCUGGAGACAGAUACAGCUGCCCUGAGGGAGGCUUUCCGGACACCACCCAAAAGCGACGGCAAGAGCUUCAGCACCUUCACGCUAUUCCAGCUCAUCAAACAGCUUGAGGACAAGGAAAUAAAGACAUGGGCUGAGUUGGCGUUGAAACUUGGUGUGAAGCCGCCAGAUCAGGACAAGGGCCAAAGUUCGCAGAAAAUUCAACAAUAUGCUGUAAGACUGAAGAGAUGGAUGCAUUCGAUGCAUGUUAAUGCUUUUUUCGACUACAUGCUUGAUAAUCCACACCCGUACUGGACGGAGAUCCCGUCGGAUCCAAACCCGAUCUGCGAAGACGGCCGGGAUGGUGUUGCCGCCGAAGACGAUAUGGCCUUGCGGGCUUUAUUACCGCAGAUUAGGCCACGUCGAGGACGGCGGAAACCUGAAGAUGAUGGACUGAAUAAGUCCCCUUCACAACGUCCACGACUCUCGCCAACAUUCAACGGUGAGGUGGAUCCAUCACGCUCAAACGGGCUGGAACUCUGGACGGCCCAUCCCGAUACGGCGAGAACUUUUCUGUUUCCGCCUCCGGAUCAAGCUCGGUCAGCCGUGAUAAGCAGUUCCGAAUCGGCAUUUCCAUGGCACACCGAGGUUCCGCAAACUUCCUUGACAUCUUAUCCGCAAUCUGCAAUAACGCCGAUCAAUGGGCGAGCAUUCUGGGCAGAUCCCACCGAACCUCGCUCAGCCAUCACGCCUUCCAAGGCUCGAUUGAUGGGUCGCCGACAUGGUGCCAAAGUUGUUUCUUCCGCUUGGCGCAGCGGGAGCUCAGGGGUAACCGGGAAGAUUCGAGGCAGACCCCCUACGAAGCGUGCCGAGGAAAGUCCUAUGUCGGCUUUUCCUGACAGCAACCGAGUGAGCUCUUUUCAGACAAUCAGCAUGGACGGCAACGUUCCCAAGUCGGCCAUUACGCCCGCCCCCGCUCCCGUCUUCUCUCCAAACACAACAUCUCCUAUGACGCCUGCACGGCCUACACGACCUGGCCGACUCUCGCUUCAGGUGCCGGAAAGGCCAACAGGGUCAGUGAGAUUGGCAACCCCGCCCCCGGUUGUCAUGAUCAACGGCGAGAAGCCAACGCAAGGGACUUCCCAGAUGAUGGACUGGAAUUCAAUGGGGAACACAGUGGAUUUCCCAAUACCAGCCGCCUUCGUCAACCCGAUUCCCGACUCGCAUUUCCAAGUCGUACCUCCGGACAAAGAGCCAGAACAGGCAAUACCCAACAAUAAAGACGCAACAGAAGAGGGCAUCAAUGUGCUAGAGAUCGAGAGCCUCUUCGUUUCGGAGAUCGUCGUUGCCAACUGGUGCGAUGCAAAGGGAAACAACAUACCAGCUUGUGGUGUCGAAGAGGCAAUAGCCCUAACGAAAUCAAUAAUACGGGACAUUAAGGAACAAGCAGUCAACACCGAGGCCUUCCUCAUCAACUUGUCUGCACUCGCAGGCGGUAGUAUGUUGAUGCGAAACCAAAAGGCCACCAUCACUCGGCUGGAAGAGGGAAGGGAUUGCACCAAGUACUCCAUGAGAUGGGAACUGCGUUACGGAUCUCUGAAGGGGUCAUAUGUGGUGACCGAGUCAGUUCCUCACGACAGCUGGAAGAGGAAGAAAGGGGGAGGGGAACCAGGAGGGGCAGGGGGAGGGGCAGACCCGGAUGCAGAGCUGUGGAAGAAGAAGUAUAAGGACUUGCUUCGGAUUGUGGAGAUGAGUAAUCAUCAGACUGCUGACUUGCGCGUGAAGGUUUUUGAGACUCUGAAGGGGUCUUCUGAUGGUAGAAGCUAG